CUUGCACUUAUCGUCGUCCAAACCCCCUCCGUCAUCGUCUUCGCCGUCGUCCGCGACGUCGUGCACCUCCUGCCCACCAUUUCCAGCCAUGUCGACAGUGCACGUCGUCGCCCCGGUCGCCGUUCACUCGGUGCCCCCCGCACAGCUGCUGCCCCAGACCGCGACCCCGCCUGCAUACGCCCAGACCCUUGGUGGGGAAGCAGCCUCGACUCUUGCGCAGAAAAAGAAGUCUCCCCCGCUCAGCGCCAACAAGCGCAAGCGUUCAGAAACGGCAGACGACUCCACCGACCAAGAGAGCAACACGCCCUCUCGCAAGUCCAGAGACGGCCCGAAAAAGAAGAAGGCGAACCGCGCCUGCUUCCAUUGCCAGAAGGCCCAUCUCACUUGCGACGAUUCGCGCCCCUGCCAACGUUGCAUCAAGCGAGGGAUUGCGAACAACUGCACCGAGGGACACCGCAAGAAAGCAAAGUAUCUUCUCGACGAUGAAGAGCUCGAAGAGUUAAAGCGGAAACAGAACACCGUCCCCUCCAGGAAAUCGGAGCCCAGGACUGAGAAGCCCAAACCAUCCGAGCCACCAGCGCAGACGGCGCAGGCACCUGCCGCACCACUACCACGACCUUCACUGCAGGCGCAGGCGCAGCCUGUCCCCAUCUCCGCCCCUGCUCCGAUACCCGCUUCGACGUCGGAACCCUUCGCUCCAAACGAUCCGAUGUUCAACUUAACCUUCGACUCCAACUUCCCCUUCGGUUCGGAGGCGGCCAACCUCGAAUACACCAUCCUCUCCGCUAUCCUCGGCAAUCCCAGCCCUCCCGACACGACGUCGCCUCCCCCUCAACCAUACCCGUGGCCGUCAGAUACCCUGAGUUUCAACUCGCCACAACUUGACUCGUUCUCGUCGUUCCCCGAGAACGUGCUCCCGGUCAUCUCUGCAGACAACUUGCUCUCGUCGACUGGCAGUCUCAACUACCUGCAAGCGCGCACAGCGAAGCAGCAGUCCACCGCCGACCCCGCCGACUUGCAAUGUGGGGACGAUGCGUCGAAGUACACGCGGGACGGACGUUGCUCCUCGCCUCCGAGUUUCUACAUGGACAAGGAGAGCGCAGCGCGCACGUUGUUGUCGCCACCGCCCACGGAUUCGCCUGGAUCGGCGACGUCCACGGUGCCUCUGAACGAGGUGGCCCCCUUCCCGCGACCAGGUUCGCAUCUGCAAAGCAUCACGGACCGCGUAAAGGCGCCGUAUGACUACACGGAGGGGUAUCACUUCCUCAUGAAGCACCUUACCACCCGGUUUGAGAAGAACGAUAUCCUGCGCGUAGUGCGAGCGUUGGCGAUCUUUCGCCCAUCGCUCAUCGCUCUGCAGAUGCCUCUGUCGUGGGACGAUGAGGUGUUUGUAGAGCGAUGUUUCCAACGGUCAUUACUGGAACUCGACAAGCUCAUCUCGUAUAGCGGCACGCCGACCGUCGUCUGGCGCCGCACGGGAGAAAUAUGUCUCGUCGCACCAGAGUUCUGCAUGCUGACUGAAUGGUCGAUGGAGGAGUUGAUGGGUCAGAAGAAGUACAUCUAUGAGCUCUUCGAGAACCAAUCCGUGGUCGAAUACUGGGAGAACUUUGCGGAGCACGCUUUCGAGAACACGACACAAUCCGUUUACUCGCAUUGCGUACUUCUCAAGCCCUCGGGCGCCCCGGUACCUGCGACGUUCUGCUUCUCAAUACGAAGGGAUCUCUUCGACUUGCCUAGCGCCGUCAUCGGACAAUGGCUUCCCUUAUUAUAACACCAAAAGGCAUCCUCCGUAUGACCAUGCGCUAUCCUAUCACCAUCUCCUUCUACCCUUCCCUAUGACAUUCCUCCUAAAUUCGCGACCGCCUCCUAGACGGCCAAGGCCCUUCACAUAUCUACGUCACGUCUCGCUUUCUUCUAUGCUAUUCGACGGUAUUGAAACCGCACGUCGUCAUGACGUUCCUGUAGACACGCUACCGGCUGCGCUACUGUGCCCAUCCCACAGACGCCGCGCCGGGCGAGCCUCCUCUUUUAUCUUAUCGUUAUACGCAUUGUACUUUUCCAUGCUAAUCGCUGUCCUAUAUAACUCGCUACCUAGUCAUACAGACUCUACGUACUCGUUGGUCGGAGGUCUCCAAGAGACCAGGCUCAAUGCAACUGUAUUUCUAUCUACUAUAUAUGGAUUGGACGCUCUUGCGGCGAGUCUCACGACCUUGAGAACUUGGGCAGUCGCGCUAGACGUCGGGGCGUCA